CAAUCGGCAGGGCGCAGCGGAUUCCAGUGUUGCUCGGUUGCUCCACGCGGCGCCUCGCCUCGCCUCUGCGUCAUCCAUGGCGGCCGCAGGCGACGACCUGGACCUCCUACUCUCCCUGGACGCGGACGGCAGCGAGGCCGUCCUCGAGACCCCUCCCUCCUCCCCGCGCCGCGCCGCCGCCCCGCCCGACGCGGCUGCCGCCGCCUUCACCCCUCCGAGGCCCGUGCGCCCCGGAGGCACCGACAUGUCCGUGUUCCGCGACGCCGUCAAGGAUUACCUCGAUGCCGCCCCCGCCUCUGUUCCCAAGGGGAAGAAGCCCCCCAAAUCCACCGAGACCAUCGUCGACGCCUCCUCCGGGCUCCGCAUCAGGAACCUGACGGCCUCGCCGCUCGAGAUCACCAACCGCUUCGCCGACAUCCGAUUCGUCCGCAUCUCCGCCAUCAAGAACUUGGCCGGAGGCGACAGCUUCUCCGGCUGCUGGGCGACGGCGGGGGUGGUGCUCGACAAGGGCGCGCCGCGGGUGAGCGCGCAGGGGAAGGAGUACAGCAUCUGGAAGAUGGGCGCGCUCGACGACUCCGAGGUGUCGGUGUUCCUCUUCGGGGACGCCCACGCCCACCACUCCGGCGCCGCCGUCGGCGCGGUGUUCGCGCUGUUCAACGGCAAUGUCCGCAUGGACAAUGGGGGGAGAGGGUUCUCCGUGAGCGUGGCCUCCGUGGGGCAGAUGAUGAAGAUGGGAGUCUCUGCGGAUUUUGGGAUCUGCAAGGGGAAGAGGAAAGAUGGGAUGGGCUGCACCAUGGCCAUUAACAAGCGUAAAGGAUCAUACUGCAAAUUUCAUUCAUCGAAAACCUCACAGAAGUACUCUACUGGAAGAGUAGAGCUUAAGGGUGGAAACUUCAAAUUUGCUUCCAAACUUCGUUCAGAAGGGAUUUACAUGGUCAAUCCUCCCCCAGAACGAUCCAAUUCAAGAAAUCCAUUGCAACCAGUAAAAGUGAUGUCAAUAGACGGGCUAAAAAGAGCUUUGAGUAAUGCAGAUCGAGUGACUACUAAGAACCAGUCUCAGGGUAUAAGAUUCCUUUCCCAUGUGACAGGUAAUGUGGAAUCAAAUUUGUCCAGCAAUGGUUCCACCAAUCCACAGACAUCGAGUUCCAUCUCAAACAAAAGACCUGCAUCUUGUAGCACCAAAGUAAUACCCAAACCUGGAUUGCAUAAGCAAGAGCAAGAUACCAAGAAAAUGAAGAUGGCUUGCUCUCCAAAGAAAACAAUUGAGCUUGACGUUGUAAGCUCAGACGAUGAGAUCAGUAUAGUGCUGAGACGCUGAUAGCCUAGUUUCAUUGUCGAACGAUAUACAGUGGAUUCCACUGGUUGUACAUUGUACUCAAGCAACGAGUUACAUUGUCGAGUGAUAUACAGUGGAUUACACUAGCUGUA